ACUAGAUGACCUACAAGGUCCCUUCCAACCCUGUUAUUCUGACAAGUUUUGCAAGAGGGUUGCAACGAAAGGUUGGUUUUGGAGUUUGGAGGAGAGGUCUGUGUACCUAGUUUAAAUUAAAAAUGGAACUCCUGUUCAAUAGCUAAAGAUAAUCCAAUAUAAAUGAAGAUUACAUUCGAUUGCACAAAGUUGGUUUUUGUUUUGCUUUUGAAGCUCGGCAUUUUCUUUUUCUCUCCCGCCUUCCUAGCAAAUCAGCCAAUCUGCUUCCUUGAACGGAGCAGACAGGCACGACGUUAGCCAAUAGCAACGGCAAGCGCUUGAUCCUUGGCCCCGCCUUUGCCAGUCUCUUUUGGAGCUCUCCGUUAUUAAUAAUAAGACGAGAGGCGAGAGUUCUGCCCGCCUCCCUCCCUCUUGAAAAGGCAACGUUAGAUUGCGCAUGCUCAAGUAUCUACCCCUCUCUAUGGUUAACAUACGUUGCGGAAAAGUCUCCUCUGUUAAGAAUCCAACGUCUCGCGGAUGUGAAGAUUUGGCGUUAAGGACUGUCUUGAUUACGUGAUCCAGUUGUACUACCAGAAAAUGUCCGGCUUCUGAUACAGAGCCUGUUGGUCGGCAUAAUCUGGAGCUGCAAAUUUCAACUUGCUGAGGAUUUUUUUCCCCCCACGCCUCUGCAAUUCCGGAGAAAACAUCUAAUCUGCACAGACUAAGUCUCAUCCCCUCCAGGUCAGUUGUUGGCACCUGUCCUUCGAGGACGUUGUUCAGCCAUGGAGAUGGAAGACGAGACGGAGAAGAUCAACAUUGGGACUGAAAGCCUACAGAACAACGAGGCAAUCCAAGAAGGAAUUCCAUCCAACAGCUGGCCACACAAAUGUGCCUCAUACGUCCUGGCUCUCCGGCCCUGGAGCUUCAGUGCUUCCCUCACUCCGGUGGCCCUGGGCAGCGCCCUGGCUUACCGCUCCCAGGGUACCCUCGACCUGGGCCUUCUGGUUGGCAGCGCCGUCACCGUCUUGGCAGUCCAUGGAGCUGGCAACCUCGUGAAUACCUACUAUGAUUUUUCCAAAGGCAUCGACCACAAGAAGAGUGAUGACCGGACCCUGGUGGAUCAGAUCUUGGAGCCUCAGGAUGUGGUCCGGUUUGGGGUCUUCCUAUACACUUUGGGUUGCAUCUCAGCAGCAUUCCUCUAUUGCUUCUCCACCCUCAAAUUGGAACACCUGGCCUUGAUUUACUUCGGAGGACUCUCCAGCUCUUUUCUCUACACUGGAGGCAUCGGAUUUAAGUACGUUGCACUGGGUGACGUGGUCAUCCUGAUCACCUUUGGUCCCCUGGCUGUGAUGUUCGCCUAUGCUCUCCAGGUGGGCUACCUGUCCAUCUCGCCCUUGCUGUAUGCCGUGCCCUUGGCCCUCAGCACCGAGGCCAUCCUGCACAGCAACAACACCCGGGACAUCGAGUCCGACCGGCAGGCGGGCAUUGUCACGCUGGCUAUUCUCAUCGGCCCGACGCUCUCUUACGUCCUUUACAGCAGCUUGCUCUUCCUGCCAUACCUCAUCUUCUGCGUCCUGGCUACUCGCUACACCGUCUCUAUGGCUCUACCUCUCCUCACUCUGCCCAUGGCGUUUUCCCUGGAACGGCAGUUCCGGAGCCAAAGUUUCCUCAAAAUCCCACAAAGGACAGCCAAGCUCAACCUCCUGUUGGGACUUUUUUACGUCUUCGGCAUCCUUCUGGCUCCCCCUGGCUCCCUCCCCAAACUCUAGAGAGACAUCAGAAAAUAGAAGGUUCCCUGAAAAUAAUUCUUCCCCAAAAGCUUUCAUAGAAUACACAACACACACACACAAAUACAUACAUGUAUAUAUGUACACGUGAGUUUACAAUCUUCACCAAACCACAUAAGGUUUUUUUUCCCCUGAUCCACGAACGUCAGAUUUCCUGAAAUGUUUCCUUUUCACAAAGGGAUAAAAUCAUCUUUAUAAAGUUCUCGGUUCUCCGAGUUGGGUUCCUGCUUUUUGCCGUUGUUUCUUCUAUUGUCUGCGUUUCAUUAAUCAAAAAGUUCUCACUACGGGUUAGAACUCCCCAAGGCCAUGUAAUAAAAAUCUCUUUUAAAAUAAUUUUUUUGGGGGGGGAGAAAGAAAAGCUGCACCAGCAAGGGGAAAAAAAGAAUCAAAAGCACUAAAGCAAGAUAAUCAUCACAUCUAAUGCAUUUUCACCCCCCCAACGUCUACUUUCUGGUCUUAAAGUUUCUAUUGGAGGGAGCUCCAGAGAUUUCUUGUGGUAUUCUAGGAAAAAUGACUGGGGUCAUUUCCCAGUUGUUCACAUGGGAGGCUGAAUCCGGUACCAGAUCUCCUUUAGAGAUCAGGUGCCGACACCUUCCACAUUCUUUGAGUAACACCUCAUCUUAUCAUAGAACGCUCUGUGGAGUGAUUCCUGUCAACUGUGCACUCGUUCACAUCUUCUGUCUACGUUGGAUUGCAGCAUCAAUUUGCAUGUUCUCUCUGCCAUCCAUCAUAAAGUUGCCGGCAGCAGAGUCCUUGCGAAGAGUCCGAUAAGAUCUGCCAAUCCUAGUUUCCCAAGAGGCUCCCUUGCUCAAACGCCAGCAGCCUGAAGGAGAAGCCGAGGGAGUCUGAAUGUCCCCUUCGCUGAUCAUUUUGAACAACAGGAAUCUCAUAUUUUGGUGGAGGGAGAUGGGCCCCAAAUUGACACCAAACCGAACCAGAUUUUUUGCCUUUCUCUCUCCCUUUUGACGAGAACAACAGCACUUAUGUGGACGGAGCUUUGGGCUGGAGAUAAGAUGUAACAUGGUUAUUACCGAAGUAAACAAAUGUGUGGGAAGAGAUGACUCCCAUCCGUUUCACGCAGGUGUUUCAAUCAGCAUUGAAGAAGUGCUGCCGGUUUAGGGUGGCUUUGGAUGGCGCCUCUCCAAGAGGUAGGAUGGGGAGGAUUGAGAGCAACCCAUGGCUUCCCUGAUGUAUAUUGGGAUCCUGUUCGUCCAUACAGAGGCUUGGUACCAGGGGUGGGGAUCCUACCGG